CUCCACCACAUUUCCGCCCAACUACCCAAGAAACCCUAUCAAAAAAAAAAAAAAAACUGCCCAAGAAACACCAGACUCCGGCCGUCUCAGCCUCCCAAUCCCAGGUGAGGAGGAAACCAAGGUUCGCGCACAUUUUCGCCUCCCGAUCUUCCGCCAUCGGCGCUGGAUCAGAGCUUUCAUCUCUUGGGUAGCCCGAGAUGACGACGAUUGAGGCGGUGAAGAGAGCGUACGCGGAGGUCAUGCUGAACGCCGCCAGGGAGGCGGCGGCGCGGAUCCUCGCAGCCGAGCGACGCGCCGCCGCGCUUGCGGGAGGGAUGGACGCUGUUAGGGAUGAUGCCGUCGCCGCACUUCUGCGCUUCAAGGCCAUCUCCGACGCCAAGAUCAAAGAAGCAAAAUUGCAAUCUUUGGCUCACAUUAAAAGGAUUGAAGAACUUGAGAUGAAGCUGCAUAGUGCCCAAAGUACUAUACUCUCACUUGAAGGAGAGUUGGAGAGAGCAAAAAAUGAGUUGAACCAGACAAAAAUUCAAGCUGAAGAAAACAGAAUCAGACAUUCUGACGCUGAGAAAACUGAUGAUAGCGAGAUGAGCAGUCAUCAUUCUAAGAUCUGCAUGAGAGAGAGAAGUAAAUCUCCAGUAAGUUCUGAAAUUUAUUGUAUUCCAAGAAAUUUAAAGGAGGAUGAAAAUGUGGGGAAAAUCCAGGACCUGCACAAUUGCAAUCAUUAUCUCGCAUUAUCUGGAGCAACACAUAAGGAAUCCAUAUGUUUUUGCAGUAGAGGUGCCAAAAAUACUAGUUCACUUGAACAGCACGUUCAAAGUCUGGAGACACCCUUGGGACGAAGUGGUCGGAAUGCUGGUCAAGUGAAAAAUCUUUCGAUCAGUGGAAAGAAAGUAAUCGCUAAAAAAUUUUGCUGCCUAGAGGCAGAGGUACUCCAAACUGGAAAUCUAAGAUACUGCAAGCGUAGGAGGAGCAAAAGAAGUGGGUCUAGAUAUAGGCAUGCUGCAAAUAAGGUGCAAAGGAAAACAGAAAAUGAAGCACCCAACACUUCUGAUGGUAAUGGAUGUAUGCUGCUAAUUCAGGCCCUUGAACAUGAUCUUUCUCCUUCAAAGAUUUUUGAUAGACAAGGUGGAAAUCAUGUUGGGCAACAUGUUACUGAAGCCAUGAUGUAUCUGACUGACCCAAUGCAGAGUUCGUUUGAUUCUGAUAAUAGGUCUAUGCAGACCGUGGAACCAAUGAAAAACAGCACUGAAGAUGAAGUUAACAUGACAGAAGACCUCUCAGAGUGCAGAACACAAGAGAAUACUAUAUCAGACAAGAAAGAAGAUAAGAACCAGCAUAUUUGCAACUUGGAUUUAGACAAAUUUGGUGUAGCUCCUAUUGUCAGCUCCUCAACCAAUGAAGGAAAUGCAACCAUAUCCUCUAUCACUUCCAAUCGAACUGCAUGCCUGUACACAUUCAACCGUAGGAAGCGAAAGAGCAAGCACAUUGAGAAGAGCACUGAUGAUUCUGUCACUGACAAGAUUCUCCAUCGUAUGGGUCCAGUAGAGGAACACAAAUCAAAAACACAAGUGAUCUUGACAGACUCACCACAAAGUAAUAGGCGUCUGCUUGAGGUCGCUAGUCAGCUCAUUUCAUUGUCCGAGAAGUGAGGAAAUUGCGCUGCAGAGAAUGGGUGCCAAGAAUCGUGGAUUCAAUUCCUAAGAUCAGCUUCAAGCAAAGGGAGAGGGAGGCCAUUCUCCAAACAUCCCAAAUGAUCUGUUAAGUAGGGAACAGGUCAUCUGGUGGAAGUGCAGAAACUAGAAGUGCAAGAUAUGUCGACAUGUAGCUAGAAAUUUCUUUGUGUGCAUACAUUGCAAGUGCAAAGCAUAUGUGUCUCUCUUAUCGAGAAGUGUAAUGUCGCUAUGAGUUCUGAUGAUUCUUUCAUUUGCUGUCCAUAGAAAAUAGAAAUCGAGAAAUAUAGAGCUCACUCGAGAAGUGAACUAGGAAA